AUGGCGAGGCUUCAGGAUCACAACCACCUUCUUUCGUCCAAAGUGGACGAAACCCAGCAGCUGCUCCACCAGCAGCACACGCAGAACAUCCAGACAACUCACUCUUCCCAGAGCUUGCAGACCCCCCGUAGGAAGAAGAAGCACGAAAAGGUGGCGAGGGCAACGCCCGCACCUUCCAAACAGUUGGUAGUUCCGACACCCAGGGAUCAACCACACGUCCCAGAGAAGGUCUACUCCGAUUGCCGACAUCGGCUUAACGAUCGGGAGGUAGAGAGACGGAGGUCUCCGAUCAGGAUUAACGCUCGACUAAGGGACUCACGGAUGAACGUCCUAGGAAGCAAGUCACCUAUUCGGAGGGUCAGGGGUUUAGACUCUGCAGAGGAGUCAGAAUCCGAAUACAUCCCUUCCAAAACUCAAGUUUCCACCUACCGUUCGGCAACGCCUUCUCGGUACUCGGAGGUUAAUUCAUUAAGCCCACGAAGGCGCUCGGAAGAUUAUGGUUCCGAGGAAAUCUCAAGCCGAGACCCUGUUGUCCGACUCCUUUUUCAGAAAGUCCAGAAAAUGGAAAACGACAAAGCUCACUCCCAAGAACCAGAAUGGGGGAAGCUUCGGCCCGGACCAUUCACCAGGCGCAUCCGGCGUUCUCGGCAGGAUAGGGAGGUGCAGCAACUGCGUAUACCGUUUUAUACGGGAACAGAAGACCCCUUAACGCACCUUCACUCAUUUCAGUCCGCCAUUGGAUGCAAGGGCCUGAGCGAUGAAGGGCAGUGCCUGCUAUUCCCGUCUUCCCUUAUCGAGGCAGCCCUGAACUGGUUCUACCGGUUGGAGCCAGAAACGGACGAACCGUUGAGAGAAUACGUGGCGCGCUUCAGUCACGAAUACUCAAGGUGUCCGGAAACAGACAAUAGGGCAGCCUACGGCGCCUUCAAGAGUAGCCUUCGGUCCUCUCAUUUUCGAUACCUAGUACACAGCAGCAACUGGCGCAAGUACGACGAACUGAUGAAGCAGGCAGCCGUCCACGCCAAAGCCGAAUACUUCAACUCGAAACCCAGUGUUUCGGCACGCCGAGAAGAUUCAGAACCAAGUGCUUAUCCGGCAAAGGCGCCAUCCUACGAGAGGGUCGACUCAUAUUCGGCAGGUCAUAAGAGGAAAGACAACCGUGCCGAUCGAAGAGACCUCCCGAAGAAGGGAAAAAGGAGGUAUGGUCACAAUGACAACCGAGCGCCCCUGCAGAAUCGUGACCACGACAACGAAGUCUUUACCCUAUUGAACACCACCUAUGAGGCCGUUCUCAUGAACGAACAAGAAAUAAUACCAAAAUCGAAUCUGCGAAGACCCAAUCGGCAAGACAACCGGAAAACCGGUAAAUUUUGCCGAUACCAUCAACAUAACAGCCAUAAUAAGGAAAACUGUAUAAGCCUAAGAAAGAUUGUCGAACGGUUGAUCAGAGAGGGGAAGCUAGAUCAGUAUAUCGCCCGGCGGCCACCGGCCCUGGUGCCGAACCCAACUCGACAGAUAAACAUGAUAAGCACUAUCAGCGGUGGCCCCACCAUCGCGGGAAUGAGCAACCGUUCAAUGAAGCAGUACGUGCGCGCCUCACAAUUUCCUCAGGUAUUCGGCAUAGAGGUGAAUCGGCACCGUGAGAUACCGAAAGUUCAUUGGGAACCAAUCACAUUUUGUGAAGAGGAGGAAGAGGGAGUCCUCUACCCCCACGACGACCCGAUGAUCAUCCGAGUAGAAAUUGCCGACUACGAUGUAGGGCGAGUACUGAUCGAUACCGGGAGUUCCGUAAGCGUGAUUUUUGCCGAAGCUUUCCGAGAAAUGGGAAUAAACGACAACCAGGUCAACCGGCAGUUGACACCUUUGUUAAGUUUCUAUGGGGACCUAGUCCAACCGAUCGGCAGUGUAAAACUGCCAAUUACCUUCGGAACCGCACCAAGAAAAACAACGGCAUACGAUCAGUUCCUAAUCGUUGAUUGCCCGACAGCAUACAACGUCAUAGUUGGGCGAACGGCACUCACCAGGGUUAAGGCGCAUCUUUCCCCCCACAUGCUAUUGAUGAAGUUCCCGACCCCCAACGGCACGGGAGCUGUCCGAGAAAAUCAGCUAAGCGCGUGA